ACCUCCUUCCUGCUGCAUCAUCACAGCUGCUAGCCGCUCGAGUCGCACUCAUCCUAUUUGCUGGGCAAAGUGGGAGAAAAGAUAAUCGCAGCUAAUUACCAUAAUAACGACAACAACAGUAGGCAGCGACGCCCAAAAGCGGCAGCACCGUUAAAGCACCGGCGCACUGAGGCUUCUCGUAGUAACUGUGAUUAUAAGAGUGAUAAUAUUAAACUGCGCCGAAACGCUGGGACAUGGCCAGGCAAGAGCAGGUCCUGCUGCUAGAGCCUCAACACGAACUGAAAUUCCGAGGUCCGUUUACAGAUGUCGUUACUACCACCUUGAAGUUGGCCAAUCCGACAGACAGGAACGUAUGUUUUAAAGUGAAGACGACGGCCCCGCGUCGGUACUGCGUCCGGCCGAACAGCGGCGUGAUCGAUGCCGGAACCUCAAUCAAUGUGUCUGUCAUGCUCCAGCCCUUUGACUACGACCCCAAUGAGAAAAGCAAACACAAGUUCAUGGUGCAGUCACUGCUGGCACCUCCAGACAUGACCGACAUGGAAGGACUGUGGAAAGAAGCAAAGCCCGAGGAGUUGAUGGACUCCAAGCUGAGGUGUGUUUUCGAGCUGCCCGCAGAGAACGAGAAAAUGCAGCACGACAUGGACUCCAACAAGAUUCUGUCCUCCAGCCUGCUGAAGUCCGACUCCUCGACAUUGUCCAUGAAGUCGUUGAGCUCGUGCCUGGAUGACGGGGAGGUGAAGAGAAUCAUGGAGGAGUGCAAACGGCUGCAGUUGGAAGUUCAGCGGCUACGGGAAGAAAACAAACAGAUCAGGGACGAUGAUGGUUUGCGGAUGAGGAAGAGCACGAUGAUGCACUCUUCCUCCUCCACCUCCUCUUCCUCCUCUGCUCCCAGAGCCAUGCUGAAGGAGGAGGGCCUCAGCGUCCGGGUGCUGGCGCUGGUCGUGCUCUUCUUUGUCAUCGGUGUGGUCGUUGGGAAACUGCUCUUGUAGGUGCCCUUGGCAGGAGGCAGCAUGCUUUGUGGAUGAAACCGACAACAAAAAAAAAAAAACAGAUGUGGAAUUUCCAUCAGAAUGCCAUAUCUCUGGCACUGUUCUAAUUAUGUAAAAUAACGAGAGUAAAAUUGAUCACAUUAUGGGAAAGGGAUUCAAGUCACAGGUCUUGCCUCUUAAUCACAUUCUCAUUGUCCCCUUCCCCUUCUCGCACAGAUAACAUCUCAAGGGGAGCGAACAUUGUGAUAAGAUAAAAUAAUAAUAAAUUAUGAAAUAUGAAGUCUAUGUGAGACUUUUUUCCCCCGUAACGCCCGAGAUGCAAUGUGAGUGAAUUCUGUUCCAGAUGUUCAGAUGUCUUUUUGUGAAUGUCUCUUUAGUAUGUUAUAUUUUAAGGUGAGGAGGCCGAAUCAGCCCCUUACAAGAAGUGCGUAACGUGACAUUUUCCUCUGAGAUACAGAAAAGCAAUUUUUGAAAGAAAGUCGCGCAGAGUCGACAGAGGUGGGGCUUAUAGGCGGAAGUGAGUAUUCUCACCACUGGCUCUUCCAGUCGGAUGAUUUAUACAUUUUCCGUGUGUGGUAAGCAACAGUGUUUGGAUGUUCUUGUUUUGUAACUAUCUCUUCCCAUGCAAGUAUUUCUUCCACAAAACGAGUACUAGCGUUACGCUACGGAAAAUGAUGUCAUUUUAUUUUAUAAUUUCUUGAUCGUCUUUGCCAUUGCAGUGCUUCCUUUGUCACCUUUAGAACUGCGCAUGGCUGCACGGUUAUCUCUACGGUAUCGUUAGUUUUUACCUUCUUUGUUUGUUUUUAUGUGUGACGUCGCUUAUGACCUAGUACAGCACUGUAGGCUUACCUUAAAUUAGCGCUUGCAAGAAAUAAGCCUUCGCGACCCGUGUCUGGCAAAAUAUUUUAAUUCUUUUCAUUCUAAUUGCUGAAAAUAUGAAAGGAUUAUCACGAAAGGUUGUGCAUCAGUAUUUCACAGCUUGCGCAAUCUGUAGAAAAAAAUUAUUGGAAAAGGCUCCGGUUUAUUUGGUUUUGAUGUGUAGUCUUAUGGCGCUUGGCAGUCCUCGGAAAAGGCUCUGCCACAGUUGCUGUGAAAAACACACCAGAGCUGCGUGUUGUUUCAGGUGUAAUUAAAAACAGCGAUUUGCCUGCCUAAGAUAACACUGUUACAAGGGAGUAACAUUUAUCAGGGGUUAGUGAACAGUCAAAAGAAAUUUUCCUGUGAUGGACUGGCACCCAUCCUGGGUUUUCCUCAGCUUUGUACUCUGUCCUGAUUCAUGACCCUCACUAGGAUGGAUGGAUGGACGCGUAGAAGAAACCACGCAGCGCGUCUGUAUCGCUCUCUGAACGUUUUAAGCUAUGACAUCAUUAAUCAGACAGUAAAAUGUCAUGUUCAUGUCUCAUUUCGGGAAUCAUUGUGCUGCUAGUAAAGUUUGAAUAUUCUACAUAAAAAUACAGCUCUGCUAUAACCAGCGCUUGGAUCACGCAGUGUUCCCAUGUUCAAGAAAUCAGCAGAAACACUUGGGGUGGGGGUGGGGGGAGUCAGUACAGGGACCAUUCUGUUUGUAUAUUCGAUUUUCAUUUUCACGUUUGUUUUUUUUUGUUUUGUUUUGUUUUGUUUUUCAUUGUUCUGGUGUAUUUAAAAGGAAGGCACCUAAAUUAUUCCACCUCAAUGUUACAUAUUAUGAUAAAAAAACACUUAAAACUACAAAUGAGUGAUGGAGGGGGAGAGGACAAAAAAACUAUGGAAUUUAACACAUAAUCCAUUAACAUGAGAAGUGACUAGAGGGUGAGAUGUUGCAGGAAGAUGGCGCUGUGGAGCCCUGGCCGCUCCUGGGGCCUCAGACACUACACAAGCCUGUACUGGAGUUUGAGACCAUCACCAUGAUGUAACCAUGGCAAUUGUUUUGUAUGUACAUAAAUAAAUAUGUCUAUCAAAGCAUUAAUAUUCGUAGUCAAGUAGUCACUGGUGAGGAAAAAAAACCAACAAAAAGCUUGUUGAACUAUGUAGCAUCUUAAUAAAUUAAAUCCCCGUACCUCA